AUGCCAGCGAGGAACCCGAGAAAGGCGAAGGCGCAGGCGAAAAGCCCGGCACAUGGUGUGCAAAACAAAAGACAACGUCAUGUGUUGUGCCCCUCAGAGACCCCUGAGAUUGGCGAUCAGUGCAAUAAUCGAGAUGUCCAGCAAAACCAAACCCAAAGUAUUGAUUCAAACAAAACUGAGCCAAUCCGAUUUCUUAAUUGGGCUGUGAUAGUCGCCGAUGUUGCGGAACAGCCAUAUCCUUCCCAAAUCCAACAAUACAAAGAAUGGAGAAGAGCUGGUUCAAAGCGCGAGGACUACUGCUGCAUCUGCCAUGAGCCUGAGCGUCUCGAGAAUUGUCAUACCUGCAAACUCGCAUUCCAUCGCGAGUGCUUACCAGCCGGCUGCGCACGUAAUUCCUAUGACCACCUUUUUUGUUUAAUAUGCGUCCGUCGAGGCUGGGACAGAGCACCUCCAGAGCUUACCCCGCCCGCUUCUCCUCAGCCUGCCUCCAUCCAAAUUCAUGAUUUUCCCAGCCAUGCAACCAAUGGGACCAACUCGAAUGCUUUGCCGAUUUCCCAUCUACUAUGUCCUGCAGCAAGUCUAGGACUGCAACGAGAGGGACUCCAAACCCAAUCCACUCUAGGAGAAUUGCAACCUAGUGCAGUUUAUCGAGAUUCAAGCCACGAUGUAAUCUAUCCAGUGCCUGCUGGUCAGACCGCUACGGAGAGCCUCCAACCCACUGGACGCAAACGAAAAUCGCGGCAUGGCGCGCUGCCCGGUGAGGUGGAUGCGUCGCCUGCUGUCCAGAUCGCUACAGAGAGCCCUCAAGGGAAUCGAUGCGGGCGGAAAUCGUGGUAUAACACACUACCCAGUAAUGUGGAUGCAUCGCUUUCUGUGAUAUAUCAAGAACUCGAAUCAAUUGCUAUGCUCCGAGGAGAAAUCGAGGAGCUGCGUAUCCAAAACACCCAAUGCGCCCAAACCAUUAAAAUCCAGGAACAAACCCAAGUGGCUCUGAGGAGGGAUCUGGGCACAUUGCAAGAGAAUGCCACCAACUCUGAAAGUACCAUCAAGGAAAUCAGCGAGCUUCGAGAAAGAAAUGCAGCUCUAGAGACCGAACUUCUGGUCUCCAAAGAGGAGACAGAUGCGGCAAAGGAACUAAAGGAAAGACUUAGAGCUGUCUUGUGCAAUACCAUAGGUUUGGAAACUUAG